AUGGGAAGAGGGACAGUAGAAUCGAGAGAGAAGGUGACACUUGCAAUAGACAGAGACAAAGGAAGUCAACAUGCUAUAAAAUGGGCCGUUGAUAAUCUUGUCACCGGAGGCCAACAUCUCAUCCUGCUCCAUGUCAAACAAACGCCACCGGUGGUUUCUGCUGUAUCCCAAGGGGAGGAAACUGAAUAUGUGUACAAAAAACCCGUUGACCCCAUAACCAAAGAGCUUUUUCUUCCAUUCCGUUCCUUUUGCAGCAAAAAGCUUAUAAAAUGCAAAGAAGUCGUGGUUGAGGCUGCCGAUGUACCAAAAACCUUGAUCAACUAUGUUAUCUCUAAUUCAAUUGAGGUUUUGGUACUUGGAGCACCCACAAGAACCGGCUUUUUCAACAACAGAUCAUUCAAAACAACAACAGACGUCCCAAGCUCUGUGUUAAAAGGGAUACCAGAUUUCUGCACUCUCUAUGUCAUUGGGAAAGGAAAGAUCUCAUAUGUGCAAACUGCUACCACAGCACCACCCCAAAAAGCACAUAACCAAAUUCAAAAACAUUCCAGCAGAAAUUCGGAAAAUGGUGAACAAUCCAUGCGUAAGCAGCAUCCCAGGGCUUUGGAGAGGAGGACGCACGCUUCACCCCCUCGCCAGCUGAUGCAUCAUGACACUGAUGAAAUCAAAUCACCAUUCACAAGAGGACGAUCUUCAAUGAACCACUCAUACGACCUCUCACCAGAGAGUAGUGAUAUAUCAUUUGUGAGCAGCGAAAGGCCAAGCAUUGAUCACAUGUUUCCUUCCUCGUACAAUAGUGUAUCAUCAGAAAUGAGCUCCCGACAAUCAAUGGGCUCGGAGUUUGACAGCAUAAGCUCUGCGUCAUCUUACUCUAGACACCAAUAUAUUGACAUGAGCGCCUCACCAUAUGGAUUCUCAACAUCCUCAUCAGAAAGUGGAAGAUCAUGGUCAUCGUCACAAAACACAGAUGAAGUGGAAGUUGAGAUGAGGAGGCUCCAGCUAGAGCUCAAGCAAACAAUGGACAUGUAUAACGCGGCCUGCAAGGAGGCAGUCGCAUCAAAACAUACGGCAAACCGAUUGAAAUCGGAAGAACAACAACGAUUACAUGAGGCACGAAUAGCAGAGGAAGCUGCAUUGGCACAAAUAGAGAAUGAGAAAGCGAAAUGUAAGGCAGCCAUUCAGGCGGCAGCGGCAGCUCAAAUGAUUGCUGAACUGGAAUCCCAAAAAAGGAGGCUUGCAGAAAUGACAAUUCUUGAACAAGCUGAAGAGAAGAAGGGAACAGAAGCAACGGCAUACAGUUUCAGGUACAGGAAAUAUACAAUUGAGGAGAUUGAAGUAGCAACAAAUAAAUUUUCACAAGAUCGCAAGAUUGGAGAAGGAGGCUAUGGACCAGUGUACUGGGGAGAACUGGAUCACACACAAGUAGCAAUCAAAAUUCUACGUCCAGAUGCAGCGCACGGACGUUCACAGUUCCAACAAGAGAUCGAAGUAUUGAGCUGCAUACGACAUCCAAACAUGGUGCUCCUUCUUGGAGCCUGCCCAGAGUAUGGUUGUCUGGUCUAUGAGUACAUGGCUAAGGGGAGCUUAGAAGACCGUCUCUUCCAGCAAGGUAACAGUAAGACCCCGGCUAUUCCUUGGCAGCUCAGGUUCCGAAUUGCUGCAGAAAUUGGCACUGCACUUUUGUUCCUUCACCAGACGAAGCCAGAACCAAUUGUACACCGUGACCUAAAACCUGGAAACAUUUUGCUAGACCAUAACUAUGUGAGCAAGAUUAGUGAUGUAGGUCUAGCCAGGCUUGUCCCUCCAUCUGUACAAGACUCUGUCACUCAGUACCGAAUGACAUCAACAGCCGGAACCUUCUGUUAUAUCGACCCAGAGUAUCAACAAACUGGCAUGCUUGGAACAAAAUCUGAUGUCUACUCACUCGGGGUCAUGUUUCUACAACUAAUAACAGCGAAAUCGCCAAUGGGUUUGACUCAUCAUGUCGAGCAGGCUUUGGAGCUAGGGACCUUUGCUGAGUUGCUAGACCCUGCUGUUCCUGACUGGCCAGUGGAGGAAGCCACCAACUUUGCCAAGUUAGCCUUACAAUGUACUGAAAUGAGGCGGAAAGACAGACCCGAUCUUGGGAAGGUUGUGCUACCUGAACUUAACAGAUUGAGAGCAUUAGCCGAAGAUAGCAUGCCUGGUGCUGGUCCUGGUGGAGUAUACUCACAAAGACAUGGCCAAAGCUCGAUGUCCUCAUGUGAUCAAGAUGUGCUAAGCGACGUCCAUCUACCACUAUCUGGGUACGAGAUCUAA